CUGUUCCGGGUCAGAUUUACCUCGGCGGCCGUGCAUGCUGAUGAAAUUGACUGCUGAGAAACUCGGGCCUUUUUCAUGUGCGAGUGAAACAACCGAAGGGAGUUAUUUCGUUUCCUGUUUUUAAACGCAAGAACAAAAUCAUUCGAAGGCGUAUAUUUCUGAAUUUUGAAAAUCGGAUAUAGAUCUACGUAUUACAAUCUAGAGAUAAAGGAUGCCGGGACUCAGUUGUAGAUUCUACCAGCACAAAUUCCCUGAGGUGGAGGAUGUGGUGAUGGUGAACGUGCGAUCCAUAGCGGAGAUGGGCGCCUACGUAAGCCUCCUCGAAUACAAUAAUAUCGAAGGCAUGAUCCUUUUGAGCGAAUUGUCACGUCGACGUAUCCGCUCCAUCAACAAACUCAUCCGAAUCGGGCGCAAUGAGUGCGUAGUGGUCAUCAGAGUUGACAAGGAGAAGGGGUACAUUGAUUUAUCAAAGAGGAGAGUUUCACCUGAAGAGGCCAUUAAGUGCGAAGACAAAUUCACCAAAUCCAAAACCGUUUACAGUAUCCUCCGACAUGUGGCAGAGGUUCUGGAGUACAGCAAGGACGAGCAGCUGGAGAGCCUGUUCCAGCGCACUGCCUGGGUGUUUGAUGAGAAGUACAAGCGGCCUGGAUAUGGAGCCUAUGACGUCUUCAAGCAGGCCGUGUCGGAUCCAUCCAUCCUGGAUGGGCUGGACCUUACAGAGGAGGAGAGGAAUGUCCUCAUUGACAACAUUAACAGACGGCUCACCCCACAGGCAGUGAAAAUCCGAGCAGACAUCGAGGUGGCUUGUUACGGCUAUGAGGGCAUCGAUGCUGUCAAGGAAGCCUUGCGAGCAGGGCUCGGCUGUUCCACUGAGGCCAUGCCCAUCAAGAUAAACCUAAUCGCGCCACCACGCUACGUAAUGACCACCACCACCCUGGAGCGUACAGAGGGCCUCUCUGUGCUCAACCAAGCCAUGGCUGCCAUCAAGGAAAAGAUUGAGGAGAAGAGGGGCGUUUUCAACAUUCAGAUGGAGCCUAAGGUGGUGACGGACACAGACGAGACGGAGCUGGCUCGGCAGCUGGAGCGACUGGAGCGCGAGAACGCCGAGGUGGACGGGGACGACGACGCAGAGGAGAUGGAGGCUAAGACCGAGGACUAGCAACCUGCAAAACAAAAUGGCCGACGGAGGGGAGGAGGAGGGAGCGAUUGGACAAGACCUGGCCACACCCAAGCAUUCGGACAGAUACAAAAUGUUCAGCUUCACCGUAACAUGCAAUGCAACUCUGACUGAACUUCGGAAAAGAAAAAUAUGUUAUGAACUAGCACAGGAGAGU